GACAAAAGGAAGCCAAGAUCCCUGUUCCCGUGUCACUCUCUGAUCAGAGAUCUAUUGUAGAUGAAGAGGUUUUCUGAGUGGAGGCCACUACCACAGUUUGUUCUUUAAUACUAACAUCAGCUAAUUAGCAGUAAACACAGAGUACAGCUGAUGCUGACGGGAAUGUCUGUAGUUCUGCAGGUUUUAUGUCAUAAAGCAAAGCGUUGGACACAUUAACAUGCUGACCUGAUGGUCGCGCUAUGUAUGAUGGUAAGUCAGAGGAUCACCAAAGUUAUUACAUUUCAUCCUGAGGGGAACAUGAAGGUCUGUACAAACUUUCAUGUCAGUCUAUUCCAUAGUUGUUGAUUCAUCCAGACCAAAGAGCUGGACAGACAGAUUGACAGGAUCAUCUUUAGAGCCGAGCUCAUGCUGGAUUAAACAAAUCCACACAGAUGAUGGCACCCAGAGAAAAACAAUACUGUGAACAAACCGGACCCAAAAACCUGAAUAUACAUGAACUCUGACUGUCUCCCUCCAGUUUGUGGCACAGCGACGCUCAACACCAGGAUCGUAGGAGGUGAGGAUGCUCCUCCCGGGUCGUGGCCCUGGCAGGUCAGUCUGCAGAGCAACGGAGGUCAUUUCUGUGGAGGCUCCCUGAUCAACAACCAGUGGGUCCUGACUGCUGCUCACUGUGUCUCCAGCACCUCACCCGGUCUCACCGUUAACCUCGGUCUUGACACCCUAGACUUGCCGAAUACAAACGCGAUGUCCCGGACUGUGUCCCAGAUCAUCCAGCAUCCCAACUAUAACACCACCACGAACGAUAACGACAUAGCCUUGCUGCAGCUGUCCUCACCUGUUAACUUCACCGACUACAUCAGACCCGUGUGUCUGGCGGUGGACGGCAGCGUCUUUAACGCCGGGACGACCUGCUGGGUCACCGGAUGGGGGAGAAUCCAAACUGGGAUUCCACUUCCUUCCCCAAAGAAGCUGCAGGAGGUGAGCGUUCCCAUCGUGUCCAACAGUGAUUGUAACGUUACCUACGGUGGUAAAAUCACAAACAACAUGAUCUGUGCUGGUGUGACUCAGGGAGGAAAGGACUCCUGCCAGGGGGAUUCAGGCGGCCCGCUGGUGACUAAAAACGGCUCUGUCUGGGUCCAGGCUGGAGUGGUGAGUUUUGGAGAAGGCUGUGCCCUGCCUAAUGUCCCAGGAGUCUACACCCGAGUGUCCCAGUAUCAGUCCUGGAUCAACAGCCAGAUCAGCACCAACCAGCCGGGCUCUGGAGCCACUCACCUGGUUCCCCUCUCGGUUCCUCUGCUGCUGUCCAUCGUCCCUGUUCUCGUCUCCUUCUCUGUCCUUUCAUAGAAAGUUUAAUGAUGAUUUAAUUCACUAGGAUAGAGUCAAAAUCUGUCUCUCUGUUUUGUGGUCUCUUAUUUUUUAGCCUUUUGAGAUUCAUUUACUUUAAAAUAAGCAACAAAAUAAUUUUCACCUGUUUCCAGUUCAGCUUUUUUUGUUACAGGAGUUUUGCAGAAAAGAGUCGACAGAAGAGAAGAGAGAGAAACUGGUGUACUGACACUUGAUUUAAAAAAUGAGGGCUACAACUAACAAAUUUUUUCAUUGUUGAUUAAUCAGCUGAUUAUUUUAAUUAAAACAUUAAUUAAUUCAUGUUUCUGUCUCUUUCUCUGUUCUCUCUACAACUUGCUGGAGUUUUAUGGCCUUCAAAAGAACAUAAAGCUGUAUGUUAUGUUACAUUA